GUGCACAUUUUAUAUCUAGACCAAUAUCAGCCACAAUUUUACAGGCAGUGCUGUAAGCAACCUUGCUGUAGGGUCCGGAAUUAAAUAAACUGAAGAGCCGACAGGCGGAAGACUCGGCGGAAGCGGUCUGUCAGGGAAGAAAUAUUUGCAGAAUUUGACACAAAGAAGCCUUAGGAUCUAAAAUACAUUUUAUAUUUCGAUUUAAACGUAUUCCCCAGUCCGCUGCAAUGAUUCUGCUAGAAAUCAACAACCGGAUUAUAGAAGAGACGCUGACGUUGAAAUUUGACAGCGCAUCCAAUGGGACUAAACCAGAGGCAGUGGAGGUGACAUUUGCAGAUUUUGAUGGUGUCCUCUACCACAUCUCCAACCCCGAUGGGGACAAGACCAAGCUGAUGGUCAGCAUCUCCCUCAAGUUCUACAAGGAGCUGCAGGAGCACGGAGCAGAUGAGCUGCUGAAGCGGGUCUAUGGGAACUUCCUGGUUUCACCCGAGGCGUGCUACAACGUGUCCCUUCUCUUUGACCUGGAUGCGGUCCCGGCCAACAAGGAGGAAGUGAUCCACCAGGCGGGCAUGCUGAAGAGGAACUGCUUUGCCUCGGUAUUCGAGAAGUACUUCAAGUUCCAGGAGGAGGGCAAGGAGGGAGAGAAGAGGGCCGUGGUCCACUACAGAGACGACGAGUCCAUGUAUCUGGAGGCCAAGAAGGACAGAGUGACAGUGGUGUUCAGCACUGUGUUCAAAGACGACGAUGAUGUCAUCCUUGGGAAAGUGUUCAUGCAGGAGUUUAAGGAGGGUCGGCGAGCCAGUCACACUGCCCCCCAGGUUCUGUUCAGCCACCGGGAGCCGCCGCUGGAGCUGAAGGACACCGACGCCGCCGUUGGAGACAACAUCGGCUACAUCACCUUCGUCCUGUUCCCACGUCACACCAAUGCCAACGCCAGAGACAACACCAUCAACCUCAUCCACACCUUCAGGGACUACCUGCACUACCACAUAAAGUGCUCCAAGGCCUACAUCCACACACGUAUGAGGGCUAAGACUUCUGACUUCCUCAAGGUGUUGAACAGGGCUCGACCCGACGCUGAGAAGAAGGAGAUGAAGACCAUGUCGGGCAAGACGUUCUCCCGCUGAGGCUGGUCCACACGCGCACUCUGACCCCUGGACAUGCCCAAUCGUGCCACACUGAGACUCGACUCCACAUUGGACAGGAUCACAGGCCCCUAAAGCCCCGCCCAGCGCAUGUCCAUCCUGUCUUUUUUAAAUAAAGCUGUCUCCUCUUUGAAUAAAGUUGUUUCUUAGUAGAAAUCGAGGCUUAAACAAAUAAAAAGGGCAUUCCUUGCUUUGCAUAGUUAAAAGAUAAUUAUUAGUCCUAUAUAAAUAUAUAUAUAAAAAAUAUGAAAUGUUUUGAUACGAUAUCUUUUACUCCAUUUGGUACUCUUACCUUGCUCCCUCCCUUCCUCCCUCCCUGGUGGUGUCCAUAACUUCAGAACCCCUCCUCUCUCCCUCUCCCUCCCUGGUGGUGUCCAUAACUUCAGAACCCCUCCUACCUCCCUGGUGGUGUCCAUAACUUCAGAACCCCUCCUACCUCCCUGGUGGCGUCCAUAACUUCAGAACCCCUCUCUUUCUUUCUUCCUCUCUGCUUCCAUGUUGUCUGUACCAUUGUCAUUGGAAAAAUAAACCAGUCUUAUAAAAAUCA